CCAUGUUCGGCCACGUUUUCCUUCGUCUAUUUGGACGCUUUUAUCCGCGUAAGUUACUCGGCCACGACGCACUGAACGAAUAUUUACGGCGUGCGGACCGUUCGUGGUAUUCUGAGGCGACCAUCGGACGAAAUGCUCCGAUCAAUAGUAACGUCCGGGGCUUGCGCGGAAUAGACGUCGCUGGAAAAGGAACCAACGACGACCACGACGCCGACGAUCAAGACGGUGAUGACGACCAUGACGCCAGGGACAAUGCUGUUUCGAUGGUCGUACGACGAAAGAAGGGCCCCCGUCCCUGCAGAUUUUUCAGCGCGAGAGUAACAAGCGUCGUUGUCAAUAAUCCGUUUGAAAUGGCCUGUAGCAUCGUUCUACCAGCACUGCGUCAGUUGGUAUGUGCGCAGAAGACAAAUAUCGAAUGGUACGUAGUAACGUGGACUCGUAACUACGAUCAGACCGGCUUUUACGAGCGGCUCGAUAUAGCCGCGCUGCGUGUGCUCAGUGUGUGGAACAAGAACGACGGAUGA